AGCGGCCUACCAGGAGGGACGAAGGCUGGCCAGGCCUCCACUCUAGACCGGAAGUCUAGUCUAGAGUCUAUAUAGGCCUAGCCAGGACUAUAUAGUCCUUUGGGAGGGAGAACUCUGUGUUCUUCCCGACAAGAACGUGUGGGCCUGGCCGGCCACGCUUCGCUUUGGAGGGGUGCAGAUGACUUGUGUCUUAGAGCUGACGCAGAUUGGUGCGAGAUCAUUGCGGAGAGGCAGACCUGCAGCGUGACCUGCUGCGGGUCCGGCCCCUCUCCCUUUUCCAGAGACCUGGCGCUCUCCUGCCGUAUCCACGAUGGCUCCUCGAACACUUGUGGAGUUCCCUGAAACACCUAAGAGGAAGGAAGGAAGGGAGAAAAAAUUUCCGUCUUCCUGAGUUGGGGUCCCGAAAGGAACUAAAGUUUCAGGCCUCCUUUCUGCCGUCCUCUAGAGGGACUCUGCGAUCAAGUAAGUGGGGUGCCGAGGCUCGGGCAGCAUGACGACGGAGACCUUUGUGAAGGAUAUCAAGCCUGGGCUCAAGAAUCUGAACCUCAUCUUCAUUGUGCUGGAGACAGGCCGAGUGACCAAGACAAAGGACGGGCAUGAGGUUCGGACCUGCAAAGUGGCGGACAAAACAGGCAGCAUCAAUAUCUCUGUCUGGGACGAUGUCGGCAAUCUGAUCCAGCCUGGGGACAUUAUCCGGCUCACCAAAGGGUACGCUUCAGUUUUCAAAGGUUGUCUGACGCUAUAUACUGGCCGUGGGGGUGAUCUGCAGAAGAUUGGAGAAUUCUGUAUGGUUUAUUCUGAGGUUCCUAACUUCAGUGAGCCAAAUCCAGAGUACAGCACCCAGCAGACACCCAACAAGGCGGUGCAGAAUGACAGCAACCCUUCAGCUUCCCAGCCUACCACUGGACCCUCUGCUGCUUCUCCAGCCUCUGAGAGCCAGAAUGGGAAUGGACUGAGUGCCCCAACAGGUCCUGGUGGUGGCCCACAUCCCCCUCAUACUCCCUCCCACCCGCCCAGCACCCGAAUCACUCGAAGCCAGCCCAACCACACACCUGCAGGCCCACCUGGCCCUUCCAGCAACCCUGUUAGUAACGGCAAAGAAACCCGGAGGAGCAGCAAAAGAUAGCAUGACAUUCUUUCUUCCUGCCACCAACCACAUCCCAAGUGUCUCCUGGAGAGCAAGAUAGCCUUCCACUGGCUGGCUGGUGUAGCAGUGUUUUAGCCACUGAACUUCAGUGGAGGGGUGGUGAGCAGUGUUCUUAUCCACCCUAAUCUCAUACUCCCUCGUUGUCCAGCUGAACUAGCUGUCCCCUGGGAGUCAGGACCCUCGGCCUGCUCUCUUUCCUCUUUAGAAAUGGCAGUUACUGGCUGGGCGCGGUGGCUCACGCCUGUAAUCCCAGCACUUUGGGAGGCCGAGGUGGGCGGAUCACCUGAGGUUGGGAGUUCGAGACCAGCCUGACCAACAUGGAGAAACCCCAUCUCUAGUAAAAGUACAAAAUUAGCCAGGCAUGGUGGUGUAUGCCUGUAAUCCCAGCUACUCGGGAGGCUGAGGCAGGAGACUCGCUUGAACCCGGGAGGCGGAGGUUGUGGUGAGCCGAAAUUGCACCAUUGCACUCCAGCCUGGGCAACAAGAGAGAAAUUCCCAUCUCAAAAAAAAAAAGAAAAGAAAGAAAGAAAUGGCAGCUACCAUCUGUUUCUUCUGUGUGAGACAUGGGAGUCUAACUGAAAUCUCUCCUUCCUAAUAAAUGUUACCACUCUA